GCAGCUUAUCGAAAAUCGAAGCCUUCGUUGAGCCCCGCGCGGCUCGCCCGCCGACUGCGGAGCCGGCGCCACUCUACGUCGGCUAGCGAACGCGAGAGGGACUCCAAGCGAAUCAAGGGCGGGGCCAAAUAGCCAGCGCGUGGAAGAGAGGGCUUCCCAGCUGCGCUCCCGAUCGAGUGCCGCUGGCUCGUUACCGCUGUCGCUUCUUCGCCGGCCCGACGUGACGGGGAUGCGUUCUUCGCACAGCUGUCGAGCCGUUUUCGUCGGGCAGCAGAAGCUCGGAGGCGUGGACGCGAGCGGACUCGCAACUUGCUUUCGCGGCCCAAUGCCGAUAUCGACUGAAGUGCUCGCCGCGCUGCAAUGGCUGCCACGGUCGUCGGCUGCGCGAUGACGCCAGCGGAGUGCUCUCUAGCUAUCGCUACUCCCGUGUUCAGGAUCGCGACUCCCGUGGUCGGUUCGUCAUCGGCGGAGACAACGCGACGAAGUCGUUGGUGUUUCGAUGUGUGUGGCGUGGCGGUGUGCCGUGCGUUGUCGCACACUCCUCUCGACGCGAGGUAGCCGUCAGCUUUGAGAAACCCGUGAAGCACAGCGAUAUGGCUCCAAGGUCGAUAUGCAGUUGGGUCUGACUCUACAACGCACGCGUAAAACUUCGAGUAUCCGUAGAUAGAAUAGUCCGUGGCCUACGAGACUGUUGGUGAGCUGCCGAAUGUUACGGCAUGCCCGCGAAUUAGAAAUUUCCAAUCCUCGAAUGAGGGUGAAUGACAGGUUUCACGUGCACGGUGACGCUUGGUUGACUCUGCUCUUCAGCCGAGCGACGUAGAGCGAGUGUGAACACUCAGCCGCGUUAGUAUAUACGCGACGUAUGGCGCCUCCGGUUCUACACAACGAAGCAGCGGCUACUAACAACAAACGCCGCGCCAGUCGCACGUCGGCGCGUCAGUUCGAGCUGAUGCUGGAUUACGUGGAACGACACCCGUACAUGGUGAGCACGCGCUUUCCGGCGUCGCUUUCGGUGCGCGAGCGGCACUGGCAGCGGCUCGCCGAGCGCCUCAACUCCGAGGAGCUCAACCCGCCCAAGGGCAUGGACCGCUGGAAGAAGACAUGGUUCGACUGGAAGUGCAACGUGCGAUCCAAGGCACGCUCGGCGUCGGGCAAGAAGUCGCUGUCGCCCCUCGAGGAACGCCUGAUCGCCAUCACCGGCCUCCUCGACUCCGACGACGCACCCUUGGCGCGCAAGGACGCCUUGCCAUAUGCAGAAGUGGUCUACGAAGUGGAGGAUUCUUCUGUUGCUGCGUACGUUGCCGGUGCGGCAAGCCGGACGGAAGCCAGUGACAGCGCCGAGCCAGUUUCGGACCUUGUGCAGAGCGGUUACGGCGAAAGCCAUGGCGAAUACAUCGUGCCCACUUCGGAGACGUCGACCUCCGGCAGCGGGACGGUGGCGCUGGCACGGCCCGCUGGCACGGCCUCCGGUGGAGGCCCGCCGCUCGUGCUGAGCGACGUCCGCUCUCUGGCGAGCGGGCCGCACACCGCGGUCAGCGUGAAGCAGGAGAUGGUCGACGCCGACGACGUCGACGAGGAGGACGACUCGGACUCGGACAGCGAGGUCGACGCCAACGAGUCGCAGCAAGCACCCGCCACGGCCGCGGAAGACCGCUCCCCGCAGUUCUGCUGGACGCAGCGGGAGGACAGACCGCCGGGCCGGCCAUCGGAUGUUGCCGGUCACUCGACGCCCCCCGGAAGGUCCGGCCGCAAGAGGCCCUCCGCGGACGGCGGCGACGCGCUCGGCGCCGCGUCGACCGAAGACCUCAAGGCGAGGUUCGAGUUCCAGAUCUUCUCCGCCACCAAGAAGAAGCUGGAGGCCGACGAGCGCAGGGCGGACGCCGAGGCCCAGUUUUACCGGCAGGAGGUGAAGAGGUCAAUGACCUUGGCCAGCCUGCACGUAGAGGAGCGGCGCAAGAUCGCCGCCGUCGCCGACUUCCAUGCGGAGGAGCGUCGCAAGGCGGCCGCCAAAGUGGAGAUGCUCCUGGAGCACAAGAAGUUCUACAUCGAGCAACAGAAGACGGAGGUCCUCAAGAGGCGCCUGCUACAGCUCGAGAUCAAGAGGCUCAAGCGCGAUCUCGGGGACACUGGAGGUGCUGAGUGAAUGUGUGUGCUGUUGAACGUAGAAGGACACGCUUUCCUUUUGCUCGUAUCUGAGCACAGACAGCGCGCGUCGGUGACUGAGAAAGCGCGAGCGCGCCCUUCCACGCUGCACCACAAGGCUGGACUGCUAUCGCUGGGGGGUGGAGGGGGGGGCGUUGUGCACGUUCCUUGUGUGCAUUUUCGACAACGAGAUUGUUGUGGCUGCUUUUCUCCUGCGUCAUCAUUUAUUUAAUCUGCUCCUGUGCCAACCACAGUGACGGAUGAGUGCUGUCCAAAUAAUUUGUAUAUGAUAUCAGUAUAGACUAAAUAUAAUAUGUAGUCUGUCUGAAGGAA